AGGCCACUCAAAAGUAAGCUACGACGGAAGAACGCCCAAUUCUUUUUCCGCCCAGGAGUGUUCAAGAGUUGUCUAUUGCUUCCUUCAGACGCGCUGUCGUUACUGGCUCGACGAGAUCCACGCAUUUGACCCGGCACUGCGGUAUAGUCGUCUACCACAAGAACUGUUCACCAACUGGAAGCUUUUCUCUGGGCAGUGACACCCUGUCCGGAGCUGAACCGCCCGUCGGCUUCACAAAGUGCAGCAAAACGCAUGGCUCAAGAUGGCGAGAAGAUGUCUGAAAGCCAACAUCCUAGUGAAGAACCGAACGCAGAAGCUGAACGCCUGCUCGCCGAAGCCGCUUCAGGCUACAGCGGUUCAACAGAGGUUUGCUACGAAUCACAGCGAAGUCCCUGCAGUCCUGUCACACAGCAAGGAUCGGGAAGCGGGACGAGUAGCACGCGCACACCGCCGCCUCCAUUGAGCGAAACGUGUUUAAAUAAAAUGUUCCAAGGGAUGACGAUUGCAGUAGUAAAAGCCUGCCUGGCCCUUCCAACGCCAGAAAUCAAGUAAGAGCGAUUACUGGCGAUACAUCUCAGGGUGCAGUUCCGAAAGUAAGGCGCAGUACAGAACAGCACUUCGCAACACCUAAGGGUGGCUACAAAGUCACGAAAAAGCCACCUUAUCUUACAAAGGCUACAGGAAUGAGUACGUCGCCAAAUGUACGCCAACGAUACGAAAACAUCGAUCGGAACACUACUCGAGGCGGAAAUCGCCAGAGUGGCACGAAGUGGAGCGCUACAAAUGUUGGCAUAUUGCCCUCUCCAACUGGACUGGCGUCCAGAGACGCCGAAGUGCAGGUUCCAUCAGCAGCGUUCAAUACGCUGGGUCAAAAUGUUCGACUGCCUGGUGAACAAGAAAUACUGCUCCGCCCGAGUGCCACUCUCAGAAAUAUACCGGCAAAUGACCAGAAAGCCAACCUUGGAAGAGCCCUUCUUGAGGCUAUAUGGAGAGCAACACAAGGCCGCGCUGAAAGGCAGUCGGGCCACGCUACUGCGCAAUUGCCACAUACGCCUCAAGAAGAAUCGUCUCAAGCUGAUACUUUGGUCACGUUUCUCAACAAAGCAUACCAAGGGACUUCAGCUACGCCAAAAGCGUACCAAUCGCAUGUACGAACCUCUAACCCAAAUUCGCCAACUGUGAGAAAAAAGCACGACUUUACACUGCCGCAACAAGCUCCGUUGACUGCCCAUCAACAACGAAAUCUUCCAUUGCCUUCUUUAAUUCCAAUUCUCGAUCCGUACAACCUAGUCAUGUUAAGCACUAGCCCGUACCAGACAUCUCCUUCAGCUCCUAAUUCUCCGAGCUUUUUGUUCCCGGAGCAAAUAAACGAGGUUAGGCAUCCCCACAUCACGAACCUCGUAGCGCCACCUGAAAUGCAACAGCGCAGUUUCGAUUUACUGCAAGGAACAUCGUCCGCUGUGCAAGACUUCCGCCAGCAGCUGAACCCUGAUUUAGGUGGUACAACUGUCGACCAGAACAAUAUCCCUGGAAUGGCGGAUGCAGGCUUGUACACAUCUUCUACUCUUCUUCGUACACUAGGUAUCCGUCCCGCCGUACAAAGCAACCAAUUUGGUCAGCAACCCAUGCCAGCAUACAGCGCAGCAUCUCAUGGUUAUAUGAUGGCGAACACCGCGCCUCAAAUGAUAAGGGCAUAUGUGCCCUUACCCCAGACUGUGACGCAAGGGGCUGCAACGCAUAUAACAUCGCAGACACAGCCGAACUAA